AUAGACUCGUAUUUAUGUACAUAUGUUGUGUAUAUUAACAGUUUCUUUGUCGCGAAAGAACUUUUUAAAGUCUCGAUUUCGAGAAACGACAAAAAGUUAAAAGAAAAUAUUGGUAAAGAAUGUUUUCGAGUUUUCUAUGACGAAAAUAUGAUAAGAUCAGAAUAUGACGUAAUUGUGGCGUUUGCUAAUGCGUUAUAAGGGUUGCAGUGAGCAAUGUCACAAAUGAAAGCUUUUGGCUUAUUGGAUUUUAUAAAUAAGUAUCCGAACGAUCACACUACAUACGUUUAUAUGUAGGGACCAAAGUGUAUGAGGAAAACACAAAACAAAAAAACAUUGUUUACAAACAAAUUCAAUAAAUGUACUUUUGUGAAUCGACGUGCCAACAUCUAUAUUGCUUGUGGAAGAGCUGCUAGCCAUUUAUACAUUGCUACAAUCUUCUACAUAUAAAAUAGUGAAAACAUGGCCAAGAAAUGUUCGGUGCGAUCACUGGGCGACAGUGCCCUGGGAGAACUGGCAAAUCUCAUUGUAUCCACACUGGGUUAUGCGAAAUAUGGGUCUGACGUUGAUAUGGACAUCAACAUUGUCAUGGUGGAGAUCAAUGAGUAUCUAGAGUUGUCUGGCGCUACAUCUAAUAUCUACCAGGACUUAUUGAGGGUUAUCCUCGGUUCGGAUUAUUUGGAGGCAAAUAUGCGUUUUACAUGCUUGCAAAUGUUGCUGAAUUGUGGAGUAUCUUUCUUGGUAACCGAGGUUUUUCCCUUUUCGUAUUAUGAGAAAAUAUUGCAAGUGAUAGCAGCCCAAGGUACAGGAUUGCGAGUUCUCAAUCUGAAAGGUGUUUGGGUAAAGGAAGAACACAUGUUCUACAUGUUUGAAAUAAUCAAAAAAUGUCAGUAUCUCACCAAAUUAUAUGUGCCGUACAUUGCAAACGACGAUUUGUUGGGGGCAAUCGCCAAGCACUGCAAAAAUUUGCAAGUACUGGAUAUUUCUGGCGAAACUGAUAUCACCGAAAUUGGAAUAGAAUCAUUGAGUAGGGGCUUGUGCGCAGAACGUUUAACAGUUAUCGAUAUUGGAAUGAUGGGCGAGGAGAAUAUUUGCUAUUCAGACAUUGCACUUCUAUUGGAACAUUGCCCCAAUGUGGAAACGCUUUCGACAUAUUCUUUUGUGGGACCAGCUUUGAAGUUCGUUCAUGACAAUGUCGACGAGAAUUUUAAAUGCAAGUUAAAAUAUCUCCAUGACACUGGAACGGAUAAAGAGACGCUGAGCUUGGUGGUCAAAACGUGCCCAAAUUUGCAAUCAUUAUAUCUAGAUACCCCUAAGGCGGGUUGCCUUCAAGUUUUGUCCCAGACUUUUUUGCGGAAGCUGAAAAUCUACAAAUUUUCCUGCUCCGAGUUAUUAAGUUUGUUGGAAAAUACAGGUCGAUAUUUAGAUCAUUUGACAAUGAUUAAAGGCAACGGUGAAAUAGAGCUCAGUGUGUUGGCGUCAAUAUGCCCCAGUCUCAUUGAAUUGGACUGUUAUAUGAUGGAUGGUUUGUCAUAUUUCAACCAGAAUCACCAUCGGUUUAGCCGGCUAGAAGGACUUGAAAUGCUUAGCAGUCCCAUCCCAAACACAGCCCUUAAGUCCUUGAUAUGUAAUACGACGCAGUUGAAACGACUGGCUGUUGAUAGUACAGCACUAAAUGACGAUGACAUUGUUAGCAUUUUCAUUCCAUACAAUUUCAAUGACCUAGAAGAUGUUUGGUUUACAUUGGCCCCAAAUUUGACCAUACAAUCAAUACAGGUAUUGAUGAACGAAUGUCCUGAACUGCAGUCUAUAGGUCAAUUAAGCGGAUGGGCUUUAACUCCUGAUGACCUGGCACUUCUUAAAGGGCUAUUAAAGAGUGGCAACUCCAGCCUUGUUCUUACACCAAAUGGAUUUUUCCCCUGACGUCUCUCGUAGUUUUUUCGAACUUUUUAGCACCAGAUUUGUUUAGCUUUUAAUAUUAAAAAUAACAAAACCAAUGUAAAAGAAUUAUUUAUUUCACAGAAUAGAAGUAAAGACAUGUCUACACUGA